AUGGGCACCUCUCGUCAUCACCUACUUGGCUUGUGUCCGGCCGGCCAUCCUCCAGUGGCACACCGGCUCACCAUGGGGCCGCCGCCAAGGCAUGGUUUCAUGCUCCGUGCCGAGGUGGUCAUAUGCAUAUUCCUCGUCAUAGCACCGUUCAGCAUGGCGAUCGGUGUCAACUACGGCACCAAGGGUGACAACCUUCCAUCGCCGGCUAAUGUUGCGGCGUUCCUCGUGACCCGCACAAACAUUGACCGUGUAAAGCUGUUUGACAUCAAGCCGGACAUUAUCCGGGUCUUCGCUGGCACGGGCAUCUCGGUAAUGGUCACAACAAGCAAUGGCGACAUCCCUGGCCUGGCCACCCAGAACGGCGCCGAUGCAUGGGUCGCUACCAAUAUCGCGCCAUACUACCCCGCCACAGAUAUCUCUCUCAUCGCCGUGGGCAACGAGAUCAUGGACACGGCCGACAAGAAUCUCAUCGGCAACCUCGUCCCCGCUAUGCAGACACUCAAGGCCGCGCUCGUCACGGCUGGCUACGGCAAAAUUCGUGUUUCCACGCCAAGCUCACUCGGCAUCCUGGUUGACGCCCAGCCGCCGUCCGCGGCUCGGUUUCGCGAUGUCUGGGAUGUUGCCAUCUUCACGCCGAUGCUCCAAUUUCUCCGGAAGACCAAGUCCCCACUCAUCGUGAACACGUACCCGUACUUUGGGUACAACGGUGACACGCUACCGUACGCGCUGGCGCGGCCGAACCCUGGCGUGCUAGACACGGGUACGGGCAUCACAUACACGAGCAUGCUUGAGGCACAGCUUGACUCGGUGUACUCUGCAAUGAAGAAACUUGGGUUUGAGGACGUGGAGAUCCUGGUGGGGGAGACCGGGUGGCCGACUAAGGCGAUGGACGGGCAGAUCGGCGUGAGCCCGGCCGAGGCGGCGGAGUACAACAAAUAUCUCAUCGGUGAGGUUACCUCCGGGUCAGGCACAUUGCUCAUGCCAAAGCGGAAGUUCGAGACGUACAUAUUUGCGCUCUUCAACGAGGACCUCAAGCCCGGGCCCGUCGCCGAGCGCAAUUUCGGGAUGUUCCAGCCAGACUUCACGCCGAUGUAUGACAUUGGCAUCAUGAAAGAUCCGGUCAAAACGGCACCGCCUAUGGCCGCCACAGCUCAUGCCUUGGAGGCUGCGGCGCCUACAGAGGCGAAUGGCUCGAACAGCGCCAAGGCGUCCGCGCCUGCAUCGUCGACAGGCAACAAAUCCUCCACGACGGACGAAGCUGAAGGAAGCGAUGCUCAGUCAUCCACGAAGAGCGAACAGUCGGAGGCAGCAGCCAAGGGUGGUGACGGCGAAGAAGAAAUCAGUGAGAAAACCAAACCCAAAGAAGAAAGUGCAACACCGCCGGCGGCCGGAGCUGCUUCGGAAGCCACCAACUUUCUUUUUCCUAUCCCUUGCAUACUUGCAGUUGCGCUCUGUCUAACUGUCCAUGUCUAA